AUGUGGGGACCUCCUGAUCGUGUACCAUGUGGGGACCUGCGGCGCGUGUACCAUGUGGGGACCGUGUACCAUAUUGGGGGUGCUCUUCUGAUUGGGGGUGCUCUUCUGAUUGGGGGUGCUCUUCAGAUUGGGGUGCUCUUCAGAUUGGGGUGCUCUUCAGAUUGGGAUUGGGGUGCUCUUCUGAUUGGGGGUGCUCUUCUGAUUGGGGGUGCUCUUCAGAUUGGGGGUGCUCUUCAGAUUGGGGGUGCUCUUCAGAUUGGGGUGCUCUUCAGAUUGGGGUGCUCUUCAGAUUGGGGUGCUCUUCUGAUUGGGGGUGCUCUUCAGAUUGGGGUGCUCUUCAGAUUGGGGGUGCUCUUCAGAUUGGGGUGCUCUUCAGAUUGGGGGUGCUCUUCAGAUUGGGGGUGCUCUUCAGAUUGGGGUGCUCUUCAGAUUGGGGUGCUCUUCAGAUUGGGGAUUUGGGGUGCUCUUCAGAUUGGGGUGCUCUUCAGAUUGGGGGUACUCUUCAGAUUUGGGGUGCUCUUCAGAUUGGGGGUGCUCUUCAGAUUGGGGUCUUCGAUUGGGGUCUCUUCAGGGGUGCUCUUCAGAUUGGGGGUGCUCUUCAGAUUGGGGUGCUCUUCAGAUUGGGGUGCUCUUCUGAUUGGGGGUGCUCUUCAGAUUGGGGUGCUCUUCAGAUUGGGGUGCUCUUCUGAUUGGGGGUGCUCUUCUGAUUGGGGGUGCUCUUCUGAUUGGGGUGCUCUUCAGAUUGGGGGUGCUCUUCAGAUUGGGGGUGCUCUUCUGAUUGGGGGUGCUCUUCUGAUUGGGGGUGCUCUUCUGAUUGGGGGUGCUCUUCAGAUUGGGGGUGCUCUUCUGAUUGGGGGUGCUCUUCAGAUUGGGGUGCUCUUCAGAUUGGGGGUGCUCUUCAGAUUGGGGGUGCUCUUCUGA